GGUCAUGUGGGCUAGGGGCACCUGCAACCUUGCACUUGUGCCUUCGCCGGGUCCCUGUGAUCGCUGUCUGCCUUGCUUUCCAGGGAAGGGGAGGCCCCCUGCGGCAGCUUGUCUCCAUCACCCUUCUUCUCCCCUCCCUCCCUCCUCUCUCCCCAUCCCGGAGCCUCCAGGCCCCUGCCUCGUGAACCUCAGAGCGCCUGCCUAGGGAUUCCCAUUCCCAACUCUGUGACGAGGGCAAGGCUCUGACUCCCUGAGGCUUCCCCUUCCUCCUUUGGCAAAUGGGGAUGCAGAGGCAUCAUGGUGCCAGUCUGGAGAUGUUCAGUUGAUGAUUCCGAACUGUGUGAUUGCGGAAGUUGUUGUUAUUAUUGCUGCAAUGUUGGGGGAAAGAAUCCUCUAGAAAUAUGUUUGGGUCAGGAUCCCUCCGACUCAGCUUGGUAAUGAAGGUGUAAGGCUGGCCGGGUCUGGGAGGCCGCAAGGCCUCGGUUCACUUAGCCUCUAAUAUUAGCUGUCACCAAAGGCAAGUCAACCGUCCUCCCUGCAUCUCAGUUUCCUCAUCUGCUAAGUGGGGUGGGGCUCAGGUGCUAAUGGUGCUUUUAAAAAUCAGUCCUUCUCCCAGGCUGCCCACAACAGCUCACUUUCUAGGGAAGGCCAGGGGCUGGAAAGAACGCUGCCCUACUUGCUUUCUCAGCAGGCCUGGCUCCAUCUCCAGCGGUGUGACCUUGGGUAAAUCACUGUCUCCCUGGCCUCCAACUUGUCACUUCCCCAAAAGAAGGGGGUGUCCCAGAUGAUCUCAGAGUGCUGACAUUUGGAGAUUUUUCUGGGUUAAUUUUCUUCCCUGGAAGGAGCAUAGGCAGAGAUGCCCUACAGUUCCUAGGAGCUUGAUGGGUUGCAUAGCAUGCCUGCCUUUGCUCCUGGUUCUGCUUUUUACUUUUAAAAUGAACUCAUGUCAGGCUGAGUUGGGAAGUCUGAAGGGCAGUCCCAUAAUCUCAUGGGGCUUUUCAGUUUCUGGUCCCCUUCUCUAUUGGAGCUGCGUAGACCCCCCUGCCAUACUGGCACCUGGGCAUGGUUAGGCUGUCCUCUCCCAUCCCCCAACGGCAUGCCCACUUGGGUGGCACUCAUGGCAGCACUGUCAACUCUUUAGAUGGGGAAACUGAAGCCCAGGGUCACAAUACCAUUAGCCGGUGGCAAGUCACCAGCUUGGUUUGGGCCUCUUGUCAUGAGAGUGCCCCCAAGUGUUAUAAGAGGAGGGUCAUCUCUCUCUGGAAGAUGGUUUCAGAGCCAUCUUGAGCCCAGUCUGGGAGGAAGCAGGUAGGAGAAACAGAGGGGAAGGAAGCUGUCAGGGGAUGUGUGUGUGUGUGUGUGUGUGUGUGUGUGUGUGGCCAUCAGCUGAUGCCAGCACUUGAGCAUGAUUACAGCUCAUGUGACUUGCACCCUUUUGGGUCGCAGAGACUCCAAGCUGGACGGGACUUCAGGGCCCUCCCACACCCCAGAAGCAGGCCUCCUACCACAUCCUUCAAGCACAGGCUUGAGGGCCUCUAGAUAGGAACAUGCCCUUAGCUCUGGAGGCAUCCCUUCCCCCUGGGGAUGGCUCUGAUUGCUGGGAAGGCCCCCCCCCAUUACUCCUGGCCUCCUGGGGCCCAGCAGAAUCAAGCAAUCCCUUCCCCACAUGACAAUCCAUAAGAUACUUGGAGUCAGCCUUCAAUUGUUCCCUCUCCCCACCCCCAGUCUUCUCUUAUUCAGGAAAAAUAUCCCUAGUUCUUCCAGCUGAUUCUGAUGGGGUAGAGUCAUCACCAUGCCCUCCUUCGGAACUCUCCAGCUUCUGUGUGCUCCAUGUUGGAUGCCCAAGUGUAUUCCAGAUACAGUCUGUCCAGGGCCAAGGACUGUGGACCCUGGCGGGCGGGAGGGGGAGAUAGCUCUUCAUGAAACCUAAAAUGAUAUCAGUUAGUUUGGUCUUAGCUUUCUUGGCAGUGACAUGGAAGACUAAGGAGGUCCUUGGGGCAUCUAGUCCCCAGGUGUUGUGUUGAUCUUGACUGUGAGAUGGGGAGAGGGGAACAUUACCCCAUACAUCCCUGGGAGUUCUGUGCUGGCUGGAAUUGGUCUCCCAGAGCUUUGGAGAGAAGAGAGUGGGGACCUGCCCUUGGCUUCCAGAGAAGGAGCACAGACUGGCACCUUUUAAACAGGAGGUGGGAAAGGGAGGAAGCAAGUGUGAAAUUUAAAGGUCUCUAGAAAGAUAGACAGGAAUAGGGCUGUGCUGAAGCUCCCAUGGGUGAGGGAGCUGGCUGGAUUGAGAAGCUGCCCAAUUCAGAGAAUGCAGGCAGCCUGGUUAAGUGAUCGUGGUUGGGUAUAGCCUCACUCUACACUAAAGGAAGAAACAUUUGUAUCUUUUUUUUUUAGUGAGGUAAAUGGGGUUAAGUGACUUGCCCAGGGUCACACAGCUAGUAAGUGUCAAGUGUCUGAGGCCAGAUUUGAACUCAGGUACUCCUGAAUCCAGGACUGGUGCUCUAUCCACUGUGCCACCUAGCUGCCCCCCCAUAUCUUCUUUCUUUUAAAAUGUUUUAUUUUAUCUUAAAGGAAAUUGCCUCCCAAUGCAAACAAACUGACCCACUCUGGCUGACAGUAUAUACCCUAUUCUGCAGCUGUAGUACACCAUCUCAGCAGAGGGGAAGUAUGUUUUGUCCUCAGUCCUCUUCCUUUUCCCAGAUGGGGGAUGGGAGAUAGCCUCCUAAGGUCUGAUCAGACCUUAAGUACACUUAAAGCGGUGCAGAGGGCACAGCGAUCAGGCUUCAGAUAGGCAGUGGUGGGAGAGGAAGGGAGCUUUCAGCAUCAAGGAGACAGGUGUGGGGUGGGAGGGUUAGUAAGGGAUUGCCCAGUCCUACAUGUCUUGGGGUGUUACUCCAGAGGUGCCUGAGAAUACCAGGACGUUGCAUAGACCUUGGAGGAUAGCCCCAGAGAAGGGAAGGCCAUUACUGUGCUAUCCCCCUACCACAGAGUGAGCAGGGACUGGGGUCAGUUCCAGUUGAAUUGCAGUUACAGAAUACAGAAGUAAGGCUAGGAAGGGAGGCAGCGAAGGCUGACUCUAUUCAGUAAGCAUUUGUUAAGCACCUUCUGUGUGCAUACAAGCUUAUUUUUAUUCCCCUGGGCCUAGAGCAGUCUCUGAAAAAACAACAGGUGCCUAAUAGAUGCUUGCAAGCCCUUGGGCAAAAAGGUAGGGAAACAAGGAUUGACAAUAUCCAAAUUUACAGCCUAAGGGGAUAAUGCAACUUCUCCCUGUGGCACACUUAAGGGGCCUGCGAGAGAGUGUGUUGGGGCAGUUUCUAGAGGGAUUUCCCCUUUCUUUGCUGGUAGGCGGUGCCCUUGGUGACUUGACGUGACAAGCAGGAGUGGUGGAGAGCCACAGAGCGCCCCACCUAGCUCAGGUGGUGGAGGGGUGGAGGCAGAGGCAGCCGCAGUGUGUGUGGCUUUGGCUCCAGGUGCCCAGCAGGUGGGUGGGGGAUCAGGUCUCUUUGAUGGGGCGGUUCCAACUUCUGAGGGAGGUAAUUAACCUGCCCUUAUCCAUGCAGCCUCUCUCCUUGGGCUUUGAGGGAGGAGAGAGCUGUUUAGUUUGGCCCAAAUGGCUUGGCCGGGCCUCAGGUACCUGCAUGUGUACCUGCCUGCUCGCCUGCCCCACCCUUACCUCUACCCUGGCCACUACCCCAGAGUUGGGAUCAGGUAGAACCUCGAUAACAUCAAGGCUUGGCAAUCUUUGGCCCCAGCCCCAAGUGACACCCCUCUCUCUUUCUGGAGAGGGAGGGCGCUCUUCGUCCCAGCUGUGCUAACAGUGUUAGUCAAAUCACCAGCUGCUUUCAGGAAACCUGGGCUCCUGCCAUCUUCCCCCUCCCAAGCCAAGCAGAGCAAGCUGGUCCCCAUCCCCAAAGGUCUGCCCUGGAGCCUUAGGCUUCCUGGUGUGUUGGAAAGAGGAGGGCAGGAUUCAGAAUCAGAAGCUCUGGGUUCAAAUCCCAAUUCUGCCAUUGACAGAUUUCCCCAUCUGUAAGAUGAGGUUGGAUCAAAAGAUGUCUAAGGUCCUUAAGUCUAUGAUCAGGUUUCAUCUGGAAUUUGAGGCUGUAGGAGCUUAGUGACCCUGGGCACAUCACUUUCCUUUCUCUGGUUUCCUCCCCUUUAAAAUAAUGGGGUUGGGCUAGAUUACCUGCAGUACCAUCCAGCUGCAAAUUUAUGAUUGUUGUCCUUCCCCACAGCCCAGCCCAGGGAGCUCGGGGGUAGAGAGACUGAGAGCAGCAAAAGGAGGUAUGGGGGGAGGGUGGUGCAUGCUUAGGGCAGCAUAGCAGCAUUUGCUCUCAGCUUCCUUAUCACCAUUCUUAUCAUCCAUGUAUGAUCACUGAAUGGCAGAGCUAGGAGGGCCUUUGGAGGGGGAACUGAAGCCCACCCCAUCCCCUCCUCAGCUAUUGUUCAGCUCCUUCCUAGGAUCUUAAUACUUUCCCAGUAAUUUCCACCUGUUGUUUCUUGCUCUGCACUCUGGGGCCAAGCAGACUUCCACAGAACCGGACAGUCUUUCUUUUUUGUUUUUUUUGUUUGUUUUUGUUUUUGGCAGGCAAUGGGGGUUAAGUGACUUGCCCAGGGUCACACAGCUAGUAAGUGUCAAGUGUCUGAGGCCAGAUUUGAACUCAGGUACUCCUGAAUCCAGGGCCGGUGCUUUAACCACUGCACCAUCUAGCUGCCCCCACGGACAGUCUUUCUUACAUCUUGCCCUUCUUUGGGCUAAAGCUGUCCUACUUCCCUCAACUGAUCUUUCUAUGGUAAAAUCAUGUGACUGUCUUCCUCAUCCUGGAGGCCAGCGCAUCAACAUCCUUCCUAAACGGUGGGCUGCAGAACUCAACCCAGCCCUGCACAUGUGGUCUGGCCAGGGUGGGGAUCAGUAGGACACUGAAGAACCUUGUCUGGACCCUCCUCCUUCCUCUUAUUGGAACCUAAGAUCCAACGGGUUUCUUUGGCCACCAUGUCACACUGUUGAGCUGUUGGCAGUCUUCAGGGCCUCCAACUGUGGUCAUCCAUCAACUGAUACAUAUAUUGAUGAGGCUUCCUAUAGGGAAGACUGUUAGACCACUGAGAUUGCUGUAAAAUAUGGAUAAUACAGUUGAAGGUCUUCUCUUCAUCUACCUUUUUUUUUUUUUGACAUUGAGUCUCCCUAUGUUGACCAGGCUCAAAGUGCCACUCACUGACUGGCCCCAUUGAUAAUCAACAUGGCAGCUUUGGCUGGCCCAGGUUGUUCCCACUUGAGCUCCUUUGUACCCACUUAAACAAACCUAGUGGCCCCCUACCUCCACGUUGGUGUCGGGCUUAGAGACAACACCUGAAUGGUUUAAAUCUGACUGCAGCCCAGAAUUCCUGAGCUCAGGAGAUCCACCAGAAGUGGGGAUCACAGGUGCUGGCCACCAUUUUAAGAGGUAUUUCAGAGAGAACAUGGGAGAUAAGGCAACAUAGGCUAAAUGAAUAGUAUAGGUGGCAUGCUGAAUGGGUGGAGAAUGCUGGAUUUAGCACCAGGAAGACUUGAGUUAAACUUCAGACACUUAGUAGCAAACAGUGUGGGCACAGCCCCACUUUCUUCAUCUGUAAAAUGGGGGUAACAAUAGCACUUGUCUCAGGGUUGUUUUGAGGAUCAAGUGAGAUGGUAUAUUUAAAGUGCUUUAUAAACCUUAAAAUGCUCCAGAAGGGAGAGCUGGUAGGAGUAGCAGAGUUUGGAGAUAGGAGAAACCUAGGAUGUCAGAACUUAGAACAUGGAAUAUCCUUAGAAACAAGAAUAUCCGAGUUAGAGGGAGCUUAGAAUAGGCAGAGCUGGGGGGCUGUGGAUUGUUCAAGUUUCAAAGACCCUUCUAGUAUGCCAGACACUGUGCUAAGCACUGGGAAUACAAAGAAAGGCAAAAGAUUGCUCCUGUCCUCAAGCUCACAGUCUAAGGGGGGACACCUGGAAGAUAAGGUGUGCUUAUGGAUAUGGAGGUGAUGGAAAGUAUUCUCAGGAGGUACCGGCCCCUAGUUUGACCUAGAAAGGUUGUACCUUGCUUAAAAUCCCCUAAUUGACUAUGCUGGUGGGUGGGGAGUCCAGCCCAGGGCUCUUGGUGCUGUACAUGCCCCCUCAGGGUUGGGGGGUAACACCAGGGGCACCCAGUGGACUUCCCUGGAUCUCUGUUCCCACUGCUCUCAUGCCCUGGUGCCUCACUGUAAUGCUGCCAGGUAGCAGCUCCCAGGUAGCUGGGAGGAUAACCUCCCAGCAUCCCCUGCAGAGCAUACCUUGCUCUUUUCUACUGCCCCUUCCCCCUCAGACACUGGUUCAGAAGUCAGCUGAGAAGCCAAGGCCCUAGCUGAACCUUGGGGAGCUGAGUUUCUACUUCCCCAGACCCUGCAGUACCCAGAACCCUACCCUUGGCCCAGGCUCCCUUCCCUAUCCCACUUCAGCCUAUAUUUCUAGAACCAAGUCAUGGGAAAAUAGCUCCUCCCCACCAACCCCCUGCAAACCACCUCACCCCCACCCCCCACCCCCUCCAGUCUUAACUAAACAUCAGGAACCAAAGUUUGAGUCAGUCAACAUUUACUCUGUGUCUGCUCUGUUUGGGGGCCUGUCCUCAGUCUCUGGGGGUUGGAAGACAGAACAAAAAGACCUGGGAGAUCCUGGUUGUGAGACCUUGGGUAAGUCCCUUCACUGGGCUUCAGUCUCUGGUGGCAGAAUGAGAUGAGAGGUAGAUUGUGUACUCUUGUAUUCAGCAAGCAUUUAUUAAUACACCACUCUGGCAUAUGGGACUGGGUGCUGGGGAUCCAAAGAGCCCCUGCCCUCAGGGAGGACCAGGUGUGUGCCUGUGAGCAGGGCAUGUCACCCCUCUGACCCUCAGCCUCAGCCUCAGCCUCAGCCUCAGCCUCAGCCUCAGCCUCAGCCUCAGCCUCCUUUUUGGAAUGCCCAAACUACUUCUUCACAGACUUGUUAGGAGGAUCCAGUCAAAUGGCAUAUACAAAGCUCUUUAUAAAAGGCUGGGGGGACCCCAUUCCUGAGGAGAUCUACGAGCUGCUCAGCCACCCCUCACUCCGCUCCAUCAGUGACCUCCAGCACCUGCUGCGGAUAGAUUCCGUAGAGGAAGAUGUGGCCAAACUGGACCUGAAUCUGACCGAGGCACAUUUCCCGCGUGAACCGGUCAUCCUGUCCCGUGAAAGGAGGAGCGUGGACGUGACCGUGGCUGAGCCAGCCAUGAUUGCAGAGUGCAAGACACGCACAGAGGUGUUUGAGAUCUCUCGGCGCCUCAUCGACAGCACCAAUGCUAAUUUCUUGGUGUGGCCACCCUGCGUGGAGGUGCAGCGAUGUUCUGGCUGCUGUAACAACCGCAAGGUCCAGUGCCGCCCCACCCAGGUGCAGCUGAGACAUGUACAGGUCAGGAAGAUAGAAAUUGUGCGGAAGAAGCCGAUCUUUAAGAAGGCAAUAGUGACCUUGGAGGACCACUUGGCCUGCAAGUGCGAAAUGAUAACAGGACCCCGGUCCUUGACCCGAAGCCCCGGGAGCACCCAGGGAAACAGAGGUGGGUCUGCCCCAAACAAGGUGACCGUGCGGAGGGUUCGGAUCCGACGACCCCCCAAGGGGAAGCACCGAAAGUUCAAGCACACCCAUGACAAGACAGCCCUGAAGGAGAGCCUCGGAGCAUAGGGGCACCCACCAGGGAGAGCAUGAUGGGCAGGUUUAUUUAAUGUAUUUCUCGUAUUGCCCCCAUGGGGUUCUUGGAGUGAGAAUAUUGUUCGUUCUUCUUGUCCGUCCGUCUCGGUGGCCGAUGCGGAUGGCAAUGGUGCUUCCCCCACCCCACGGCCUUGCAGUGGAUCUCCUGUCCCUCCCAGCUCAGUUCCCCCCACCCUUGGCUCUCACCUUCCCCGCCUGGCAGCUCCUGGGGCCCAUGAAGGCCCCCCUUCCCACUGGCAGUGAAGAUCCUGAUGGGGAGGAAAAGAAGAAAAGGACAACACCUUGGACUGGAGGGGCCUCUUCCAUUGCCCCUUUCCUCCUGGGGGCCCCACGGGGUGACAGACAGGACACCCAUAGGAAUGGCCUGGGGCUCCCAUGGCUCCAAGCUCUGGCCCACCAACAAGCUAGACUUUGCAUCAAGGAGGAUUGGUCUGGCCACGUGGCAACCUAGAGCCUGCGUGUCCUCCUGUGGCCCUGGACUGGCAGGCAUCAAGCAGGACCUUCUGCCAGCCUCCCCGCCCCCAGGCCAGCACCCAAGGAGCACAGCUGGACAAGGCCUUCAAAGCCUUUGUUCUCCCCCGUCCUGCCCAGCUCCUGCUUGGCUAUUUCAGUUUUUAUGCACACGAUUUUGAAACUCUGGUUUCUUCUAAAGUGGGUUUUGCAAGAGGACAGCAGCCUAUGGACGGUCAUGCUGACAGGAAGCUCACCUCCUGCUCUUCAGACCACUGUCUCAGGUGGCCUACAGACUGUCCUGAGGGAAGUGAGGCCCAGUCUGGUUCUUCUUUAUCCUGUGUCUCACAGAUCAUUCGCUGUCCCCUGCCCCCCCCCCUUUUCCUCCCUCCUUCUCCUUCCAUUGUGGUCAGCCCCCAUGUUCCCCCCUACCUUAGCCUGUCAGGUCUAGUCCUGGCUCAGGAAAGCCCAAGGGUCAUGAGUGGGAGGGAGGGAGCCUAGGCAUCCUGAGGGCCUGGGCCCCUUAAGGAAGAGGAGCACGGAUGGUGUGGUGGAAAGAGUACCCAGUCAGGAGUCAGUGCUUGGGUCUGCUUCUGGCCUCUGCCACUAACACCCCCCUCCAACCUCAUCCUAACCCUGUGUGUGACCCUUCCCUUCUAUGCCUCAGUUUCCCCAUCCGUAAAAUGAGGUGGUUGGACUAGAUUCCAUCCCUUAAAAAAUCCGUCCCUAGGCAUCUUGGGCCUCUACUUGGGCCUCUUUUGAGGGCACCUUAGGAGAGAGGAAGCCCCCAGAGUGGCCUCAUUUGCAGGUCCCAGAGGCUGCUGAGUCUUGUGGAAGCCCACCCUCUGGCUUCUCCUGAGGCCAGCUCCCAGGGGCUCAUGGGGGAAGGACUGGGUUGGGACGACUGGGGGGAGGGACAAGCUUGCCUUCCCAUCCUUCCCACCUUCUGCAGCUCUUUCCCCUACUCAGAAACCUGCUUCUUUCAGUUUGUAAAGUCGGUGAUUAUAUUUUUUUUGGCUUUUCUUUUAUUUUUUAAAUGUAAAGUUAAUUUAUAUUCUGUAUUUAAAAUUGUAAAAAAAACUAUAUGAAAC